AUGGCGGAGACGGCGGCGGAGGCGGAGGCGGAGGCGGCUGGAAGGUUGGCUGGCCGUUGUGCUAGUUCGUUGCUGAAAUGGAGAUAAUGAGCAGGCAGAGACGGGGAAACAAUAUUCAGCUUACCUGAGGGGCGCUCACCUUGAGGUAUCUCACAAGGUUAUAUGAGGAUCCGCAUAUUGGAGAUGACGAGACAGUGGUCGGUCCACCCGUCGGCAUCUGGAAUCGCCUUUUUUGAAGAAGACACGAUCGCCGGGACAAGUUCAUUAUUAGUCUGACAUUUCGGGUUCCCGCUCGAAUCCAUCAUCAGCGACAAAAGCAGAUAAGGAUGGUUCAUGUAUAAGGGGCUGAAGUAUGUACAGGAUAUAUUUAUAUGCAUCCUACGCAUUACCUCGUUGUAUAUCAAGUUAUUACGGUUAAUUAGCAUAACCAGAUGUAGCAGUGAAACCAAAAUAUCGACCGUAAAGCUUUGAGCGGAGAUUGUGUAGCGAUGGAAGCAAAAGUAUUUUUUACAAUCCCGUGCGAUUUCUACUUCCCCAAGGCUGGUCAGUAUCCCACUGACUGACAGUACCUCGUCUCUCGGGCAAUCUCUACUCUACCCUCCCAUAUGGUGAGCGCACUGGCCCUUUCCCCCUUCCAAACCCGAACCGACCUACCCAUCCCGUCCAACUGUCUAGCGCCCUACACUCCUAUGGGCCUAGCCCCCUACUAGCCACCGAACUAUACUAGCCAGGACAGAACAUCCGAGAGUGGCUGCAAGACCUAUCUCUCCUCCUGGUGAGCGUCCCUCCUCACGAACACGUAUGCUACCUCUUACGCUUUCUGUCACCCCCGCCCGUAGGCUAGCGUUUGACGCCGGCCUUACCCCCACAUCUGACUUCCGAAAGGCCUCUAAAGUUCUCUUGCAACUCUUUGUCAGCCCCGACGCAUCGGCCAUAGCGAACCAGCGGUUCGCCACACUAAGACAACGGCCCGGACAAUCAGUUGAUGACUUCAUCCACGAUCUACGACGUCUGGUCGCUGCGGCUUUCGCCAAUCUCCCAGAAAGUGAUCGCGACCGGUCCGUUCCACACCAGUUUAUUACUGGCCUAAGGGACCGUAUUGCCAGGGGUGUCCUCUUGUUAAACCCACCUGCCAGCCUGUCAUCGGCUAUCCAACAAUGUCGGCUCUACAAGGAGUGUGACCCGAGAGCGAAUGGACCCAGACACCGCACCAACAGCUCCACCGGUACAACUCCCCCACUCAACAGACGGUCUUCCGCCCUAACAGUACGAUUUCCGGACCACAACCCCGGAUGCCCCUAUUGCGCAGCGUUUGGACCCCAAGCUCGGCGAUGUGGACACAACCAGCCAAGUAAGUCAGCCUUCAUUGCUCCCACCUACCUGGCUUUAUCGUCCCAUCCACCCCCUUUUACAAUACCCGCUACGCUAGACGGUCACAAUAUACUAGCCUUAGUAGACACGGGCGCCAACGUUUCCCUCGUGAAUAGCUCAAGCCUCACUCGAGAGUUACAUGAACAAAUCGAUCACACGAGCGAGCUCCAUGCUCUGUGGGCAGCGAACGGCACCCUAAUAACCAUCUUGGGUCGCAUAACCCUAGACCUUACUAUAGAGAGCACAGAGGUCACAUAA